CCAUCCCUUCAUCCCUCACUGCCCAUUCCUUCAUCCCUCUCUGCCACUCCCUUCAUCCCUCUCUGCCCAUUCGUUCAUCCCUCUCUGCCCAUUCCUUCAUCCCUCUCUGCCCAUUAAUGCAUUUCUCUCUGCCCAUCCCUUCAUCCAUCUCUGCCCAUUCCUUCAUCCCUCUCUGCCCAUUAUUUCAUCCCUCUCUGCCCAUCCCUUCAUCCCUCUCUGCCCAUCCCUUCAUCCCUCUCUGCCCAUUCCUUCAUCCCUCUCUGCUCAUCAAUUCAUCCCUCUCUGCCCAUCCCUUCAUCCCUCUCUGCUCAUCUCUUCAUCCCUCUCCGCCCAUCAACCCUCUCUGCGCAGGUGUUCAUCCCUCUCUGCCCAUUCUUUCAUCCCUUUCUGCCCAUCCCUUCAUCCCUCUCUUCCCAUUGCUUCAUCCCUCUCUGCCCAUCCCUUCAUCCCUCUCUGCCAAUCAAUUCAUCCCUCUCUGCCCAUCCCUUCAUCCCUCUCUGCCCAUUCGUUCAUCCCUCUCUGCCCAUUAAUGCAUCCCUCUCUGCCCAGACCUUUAUCCCUCUCUGCCCAUCUCUUCAUCCCUC